CACAAAAGAUGCCUAAAUUAGAAUAAAUGGAUUUAAUCGAAUAAGGUUUUGGGUAAAAUAUGAAUUUAUACUCGGAAAUUCCUGUAGAAUUGUAAUUUUGCUAAUUCGAUAAGAUUCAUUAAAAAAAUGAUGAAUGUAUGAUUUUUAAAGAAGAUUGCUCAAUUUACAUGUAUGCAAAAAAAUACAAAAAUAGUUGGCAAAUUUACACAAGAGAUCCUUCAGAUUCAUAAUUUGAUAAAGGGAAUUUUGAAUGGACUAUGAAAAUUGAAGAAGAUGUGUUGAGUCUUUGGAAAAAGCCAAAUUAAUUGAUAUAGUGAA